AUGGCAGCCGUUUUCCCGGAUGGUCGGCUGAGGCACGUUGAAAAAGACGUUCUCAUCGCAAAACUGGUAAAAGAGGAAGCAGGGAAGCGAUGCCAUGAGUAUAAUAAAGCAUUUGCUGACUGUGCGAAAGGUAGAACAAUAUCGAUGGUCUGGAAGUGUAGACAAUUAAGUCAAGACCUUCAAAACUGCAUUGCCGAGCAGGCCAAAGAUGAGCAGUUAUGGAAGGAGUGCACUGAAAUCUAUGUUAAACGUCGGGAUGAGUAUCAACGCCAGUAUAAAGAAAGGAAAAGUAACAGAGGGAAUCAGUCUGCAUCUAGUGGUACAGACAGUAGCUAUAGCCAGUAGUACUUUUCAUUUUUCAAUUAUCAGUGAAAAUUGUGUGCUAUGACCAAGCUAAGAAGUGAACAUUUGUAUAUUGCCAUGUAUGCAACUCAUCACAAUGUUUACUUGUUAUAGAAGUAACUUUGCUUAUUAUGGGUAUGUUGAUAUGUGAAUUGGUAACUAAACUCUAGGCGUCUGCACACUUUUGGGUUGAGUUCUAUCUAUCGAAGCUUGGGUAUGAGACUACAGAUGAUGUACAUGUAACGCAUGUGUCAC